CAUGAUCGUUGUCACGUGAGUGCCAGCAAGUAGCAAAUGUCACCAGUUUCCGAGGCAAACGAGCGACCUGAACGACCAUGAGCGUGCGAAAAUGGAGUUUUUGGAUAUCACCUCUCGUUGCCUUGUUCGUCUUCGUGGAUGUAGUAGGUACUGGCGGAGCUCUGGCAGCAUCGGUGGUCAUGGGUGACGGGCUACCGAGCACAAACACCAGGUUCGUCCCUGUUGUCACGAUCGACGCUGCAGCAUCCUCCAGCAACAUGGAGACAGGAAGCACCAACAUCACUAAGAUAGGAAGCACAAGUACUACGGAGACCGGAAGAGUCAGCACAUUUGAGACAGCAAAUACCAGCAUCACUGAAACAGGAAGUAUCAGCACCUUUGACACAGUAAGUGCUAGCACCACUGAGGCAAGAAACACCACUGAGACAGAAAGUACAACUAGGACAGUAAGUACCAACACUUUUGAGACAGGAAGUACCAGCACAUUUGGGACAGGAAAUACAAACACCAUUGAGACAGAAACUACCAGCACCUUUGACACUGGAAGAACCAGCACCUUUAAGGCAAGAAACACCACUGCUACAGAAAGUACAACUGGGACAGUAAGUACCAACACUUUUGAGACAGGAAGUACAAGCACAUUUGGGACAGGAAAUACAAACACCAUUGAGACAGAAACUACCAGCACCUUUGACACUGGAAGAACCAGCACCUUUAAGGCAAGAAACACCACUGCUACAGAAAGUACAACUGGGACAGUAAGUACCAACACUUUUGAGACAGGAAGUACAAGCACAUUUGGGACAGGAAAUACGAACACCCUUGAGACAAGAAAAACUUCUGAGACAGAAAGCACCAGCACCUUUGACACAGGAAGUACCAGCACCUUUAAGGCAAGAAACACCACUGCGACAGAAAGUACAACUGGGACAGUAAGUACCAACAAUUUUGAGACAGGAAGUACCAGUAUCUUUGACACAGGAAGUACCAGCACCUUUGACACAGGAAGUACCAGCACCUUUGACACAGGAAGUACCAGCACCUUUGACACAGGAAGUACCAGUACCUUCGAGACGGAAAGUACAACUGGAACAGGAAGUGAGACACGAAGCAGUUUUCCAGGUGUUACGGAGCCUUGUCAGCAGCAACAACUUUGCUUGGCAGGCGUCUGUGUACCUGGAUGUAGCAGUCCGUCGUACAGUGUUCAGACAAGCCCAGGGACACGUGACACAGGAAGUGGCAGCACAGCGAGAAACAGUUUGCUGCAUUUCGUCACGACGGUUAUCUACCGUGGUGGUCUCAGCGCUCGCUUGGCACAACCUCUUAGCAAAGGAAGUGACGUAGAUGAGACGUCGACCAUGGUCAGCACACUGGCGCCACCUAGCACUCAGACCCAUUCGGUGACAUCACGCAACACGAGCAGAGGUGAAAGUAGAGAUGUCUUUCUGAGCAGCAUCAUGGACACAUUGAGAGAGUUCAACUCCGUGGUUCAGACCACCGGAGAACAUUCGCCUCUAGAUGGGACUGGUCACACCACUGGUCCAGCAGAAGGCUGGGAAGGUAUUGGGGUAAGAACGGACGUCACUGCUCCAACUGUAGCGACAAGCGGGUCCACGGAAACAAUGACAGAGUCCACACAAGGGAUGACACCACCCACAAAGUCAUAUUCAGAGUCCACUCCCACAGCUGGACCCACGCUGCCGACGGAACAGUCUUCGCUGACAUCUGCAUGGCCCACAAAGACAACAGAGAAUUCCACGCCUGUAGAAACAUCAUCAACGCCCACAAUGAUACCAGCGAGAGAUAAAUGGGCAAGAGAAGAGCCCACACAAACCUUUUCAGAACCGACGAGGACAACACCAGGAUUCAAAGGGGAAGAGUAUACAACAAUCUUUUCAGAGUCGACAGGGGAUCCAAACCAGAUAGGGGUUGACACGACGUCCAGGUCUAGUCCAGCUUUGUACGGUACAACGCAGUACAACUACUGGGAGGAAAUCAUGGGGGAGCGGGCCGUUUUCGUCGACAGCACCCCUUCCUACACAGGCCCCGGACUCGUCCCUCACGGCAACAAUUCUCAAGGCUUUUUUGAUUUUGGUUUUCUCCUGCCGGAAGAAGAUUCUUUUACCUUGUCGCAGACGACUUUUCCGUCGACGACAAAAACAUCGACUUCGGUCGAUGCUCAAUCCGCCAGCGACUCCACGACUACAACGACAUCGCAUCUCAGCACGACUUCCGGCACACUGGACUACGUCAGCACCAGUCAUGUGGCUGUACUUCCUGAUGAACGUGAGGCGCAUGACCUUCUCGACCGGAAGUCCUCGAGCAUCGGUCCCGAAAAGCUUCCGGAGGAUGCAAUCAUCGCAGGUGUCAGAUCCACCAGCUGGCCCCGAGAUGUAAGAAGCACGAGUCCUGCUCCUGGGCCGGUCGCUCCGCCAACCACCCACACGUCCAACGUUAACGACAUCCAUGCAAAUACAGAAAAUAAACUGAACUCGGAAGAUCCAGAAACGAUAGCGAAGAAAUAUUUACCUCCUCUUCCCGAGGACGAAGCUCCUCCGCAUGUAGGACAACAUCAAGAAGAGUCGCAAUAUCUCCAGAUCCUCCUGGUGGCCGCCCCCAGUGCCGUGGCCUUCCUCAGUUUACUGGGGCUGACGUGUCUCACGUGCUGCAUGUGCAAACAUCGUUAUCGCAGAUGGAUGGCCGUCAGGAGAGCCAAGCGACGAAUGCAGAAAGAACGGAAGAAAGCACAGAGAAAGAAACAAAAUGUCAAGGCGCAUGUAGAAAGUGAGACGCGCCAGGGAAAUCGGGAAACGGCCGGCAAGAAACACAACCGACAUCAUCGCCCUCAGGACAGUGACCUGACCCAGAACAGUGACCUGACCCACAAACAGACCCCCAACGGGCGGCCACCCGAGUCAGCAGUCGCCCCCGAGACGACGCAAGCGAGGCCGAGCAAAAAGUCCUCCGACCUCGUAGUCAUCCACAAACAGCAUCCAGUUCCAGAUAAAAACUAAAUGACUAUUUGUUUUAUUUUAUCCCCAUUUUUCCGAGGUAGAUUUAAUUCACACACACACACAAAAAAAGAAAAAAAAAAAGAAAAAAAAGAAAAAAUAACUGAGAUUUUUUCAUUUCUUCUUUCUUUCUAUUUUUUUUUUUUUUUUUUUUGCUUUUUCUUUCUUCCUCUCUCCUUAUUGUUGAUUUUUUUGAACUCCCAGUGAGACCUUAAGUAUUAUACUGUAUUAAUUAUAUAUCAAUGCGUAUUUACAGUAUUUAUAUAUACAAAUGGAACAGUUAAAAAAAUUUUUUUGCACUUAUUAAAGGUACAAAUAUGUGUAAAUCUUUUCUUACAGUUUCAUGUUACCGUCUUUACAAGUAUGGUAUACACGUCUUUUUUCUUUGAAUUUUGUUUUUCAUUUUUAUUCGUUUGUUUUGGUUUUUUUUUUUUUGUUUUUGUUUUUGUUUUUGUUUUUUGUUGUUGUUGUUUUUCAAGCUUGUGGGCAAUCUGAGUUUAACCCUUAUAAACGGCUUUGAAAUUCGGAUGUAAUCAUCUGAAAGGUUUUAGAUACAAAACUUAGAGGAGAAUAUAGUCAUUUGUUGUAAUGUCAGUACUUAAGUAACAUGAUAUGGAGAGCGUGCUAUGAUAUGAAUAAAACUGUACAAGAACAUCACACGUGUAAAAGAUAAUGCUACAUUCUGCAUUUUGUGUCUUUUAGUGCAGCGAAGGUCACAUGUGCAUGCCUUUACGUAAUCGUCACAUUCUUUAUGUACUUCCAGUGUCCAGCCUACAUACAUACAGCAUGAAAAACAACUUUUAGAGGUUUGCUUGUAUAACUUGUACAAAAUGAAACCAAGCAUCGCUGGUAAAAUGUAUUAAUACAUUGCGCGUGCUUCGCAUUCCAGCAGUCACAAAGAUGUUUUUACAUUGUAAAGCUGGAGAACACUGGCCAGCAGCUGCCGCAUCACCAGCCCCACCUCAGAUUCCAGCUGCACAAGCUACAGGCACGUGGUGGUUCGAACCUGACAUGGCGCUAGACCCGUUAUGGCCACACUUUAGCGCCGUGUUUACUGUGUCAUCCAUUAGUUCACUGGCUGGCAGAUGGGGUUGCUGUGGAUGAUGGUUCCCUCAAUUUCGAUGACCUCCUCCCCUCGGCAGUGAAGUCCCGACGAGCAGGGGCAGUAGUCGUACAAGGCGCCGCGCCGACCGUUUGCGGACCGCUCGUGCCAGUCUCGACACGUCUGACUGCGCAUGCGCAGUGGCCGGCAGGACCCUGAAUCAAAGAGCGAAUCCACGAUGGAACGUUUUCCACGGGUGUAUGACCAUCGUGCGCAGCACAGACCCCGAGCACACUGGUUAGUAGCCAGGCAGGGAUGCCCCUCUCCAAAUCGCUCACCUGUCGACCUUGCGAGCUGCAGGAAACACCCGAGAUACAAAAAAAAAAAAAAAAAAAAAAAUGCGGAGAACAAUUAAGUGUAUCUAUCUAUAUAUAUAUAUGCUAAACCACAUAGUAAAGCAUGUGUUUAUUUUUUCAAAUAUCAGCAGGGCUAUUAUCAAUCACAGCCACAGCUAUGAUGAAUUUUUAUUGCCUUAAAUUUAAUCUCACUUACAGGUAUCAUAUAUUUUUGUAUUGAUGUGUUUUGGUCUAUGUAUGUAUGCUGUGUUCAUUUGAAGUGUAUAUUUGUGCAUGUUACUUUGUUUUGUGCUUGCAACAAGCAUUGUGCUUACUUUAAAGUAAGGAAAUGCGCUUUAUAAUCAAUAAUAUCAAAGAAAUAUAAAAUUAUUGUCACGAGGAAAAUCAACACAAGAUUUCUGCUUAAAUAAAAGAGUGUGAUGGGAAAAAAAGUGUCAUUACUAUCGAAUAAACUACAACUGUAAUCACUAA